UUAAUGUUUUUCCCGUCCCGGCCGCGCCUCUGAUUCGCCCACCAGCCUGUCCUACUCUGUGCAGAUGGAGCAAGAGCUCACAUCGCUCUCUUCCCGACCCUGCCAACCUCACCUCACCUCACCCAUUCUGUCCGCCCGCGCUUCUCUCGCUCCCUUUCUUCUCCCUUUUCCAUCUUCAUUCCCACUGCAUCCGAUGCCUUGAUACAGGGCCAAGCUUCUAUCCCACAGUAUCCAUCGAAAACAUCAAAUCGCCCCCAGCUCUUAACUCAUCGCAUUGUCAUUUUGCUGCUCCGCAACCUUUAGUCCAUCGCACUGUACCAGCGCUUCAACUCGCUACUCCUACGUCAUCGACCAUGGCUGAGAACACUGCCGCAAACAUCGCCAAAGACCCUGUCGCCGGUGCCAACGACAAGGCGCGUGAUACGGUAGACAACCUCCCCCCAAUCACUAAAGAAACCGCGGCCACGGCAGACGCCUCCAUGGUGCCUUCGGCCCCCACAGAAUCGGCUGCUACGGACGCGCCUGCCGCAUCUAGCUCCGAUGCCACCGCCAAACCAGAAGUAUCAGCAUCAGCUGCCGGGGGCCAGGAAGCUUCGAACAAGGAGUCAAACAAGUCUGAUGCUGCAGCUGUGUCAUCAGAAAAGACUUCCGAUGCCGUUCCCACCCCGGUGGCUCAGUCCACCACCACAGAGACCGUAUCAUCCGGGGCAGAUUCAAACGCGCCUGCGGCUGCAGACGGGGCGGCAGAGCCACCCAAACCAGUCUCAGUUGAAGAAAUCCGUGACGAAGAGCUACCCGACGCCAAGCCUGUGGAGUCUGAGAGGCCAUCAGAGGAGGCUUCCAAGAUGGAAACAUCUCCGGCUGAGAGCGGCGAUAGCGUCGUCGCCAGCAAGCGGAAAGUGGACGAGUCGAAUGAUGAGACCAAACCUGAGGCCAAGAGCGCCGAGAAUGAUGAGACGGAGCCACCUGAGAAGAAGCCAAAGACUAACGGUACUGCUACUAACGGGACGGUACGCAAGCCCGGUCGCCCCAAGAAGGAUAAGACUGUGGCUGCAGUUAAACCAGUAGGCAGAACAGCCAGGAAGACACGCAGCCAAGGUGCUGCUGAUUAGCAGACCGUGAUUAGGCAUUUACGAAGUUAUGGGGUCUAGUUUUUGAAUAGUUUAUGUCAUCCGACUACGUAAAACGUUACGGGCAAAGUUCGAAUAUGCUUC